GAAACAUCGUCCAUGUCCACCGCGGAACUACAAACGUCGAUAUUAUUGUUGAGGAACCACACUGGGGGCCGAAGUACGAAACAUCUUUACGAUCAAGCGGUUCCGCCCGACUCACUCCACCGAGUGAAAUUUGUUGCCGAGUUUCAGUACUUUCUGUCUGGCCCGGGCUCCUUGUGCUGCAAUCAGAGUCACCGUACUGUAGGAGUAGAAGAAUUAGGAACAGAGGCCUAGCCGCACUGGCGGCAAGCUCCACGCGCACCAUCAGCAGUGUAGCCCUGGCCGUUUUUUGCGGUGUCUCACCACCAGAAGUCCGAACUGCGAGGGUGAAUGGGGCGCACCAACUAAAGAUCUAAAUUUCCAGUGCGGUUCGUGAGUAUUAAGUAAGCUAUUCUGUUUUAGUCUUUUAAAAAAACUGUAGAAACUGUCUAAAACCAAAAAAAACUACUGCUAUAAUUCUUUUGUUUGAACCGCUAUCACUAUUCUCUCUCGAAUGGACACUAUUCUCUGUAGGAUGAACCGGAAAGUAAGUGUUGCUGUCGUGGACCUCCGUGCUGCGGCUGCCCACAGACCGAGGAGGCAAACAACAGCGAACGUCGUGAC